GCGCUCCACGCUUCACGUCGACACUGACAACUGGCAAUGAACAGAAAGCAGUCCUAUUCCUCUGGAUUCACAUGGUUGUUUAAAGCGUUUGCGUGGUUUUUGAGUUUGGGUGAACUUGUACAUUAAACCUGCUGUAAACCAACUUAAACCAGCCUAAGGUGGUGUUUUGAUAGUUUCCCUGGCCUAGCUGGUGUUCAGCUGGUUUUGCUAGUCUUCCAACUUGACCAGCUGACGAGUGCUCGAAACCCAUCAAGUCAGACUGACCUGACCAGUGUAAACCAGCUCAGUGGCCAGCUAAGACCAGCAAACUAUCUUAUGCUGGUUUAUUUGAGUUGGAUACUGUCAGUGUGAGGCACGCCUUUGGAAAUAAUCAUAUUUAGGGCAAUAUGCAGGUGUGGAAAAGAGCCUUCCAAGUGUCCAACCAAGCUAAGAAAAGCCGAUGUUUGGUUGGCCUGAAUGAAUUAUAUUUAUCACCAGUUUCUCUCACCCAACAUGCAACCUAUGGUUGCACAAGAGCACUUUUAUUGCAGAGAGACAAUGUUUUAAUGUCAGCAGAGAGAAAGAAUGGCUCUACCUCUAAGAAACUCACAAAGACAUUAGUGUCUAGGCAGCACAAACCUCUUGCUUCCCAAGACGAUAUCCCCAAAUCGAUAAAAACGUUGAGCAGAGCAUCUCAAAUUGCUCCUUCAGAGAGAAAAUUGUCUUCAGAGCUUCAGAAACUGAGGUUUGAGGAUUUCAGUGAGUCAGAAACUAAAACGAUUUUCAAGAUACAAAAAGAAACUGAGCCUAAUGAAGCCAAACGGCUGGAGAUUGUGUUUGGUGUGGCCCCAUGUUUGCUGGCCCUCAUGCAAGGUAGGAGGAGACCAAGUCGUCUCUUUGUAAAGGAAGGUGAGGGGCCUCAGAGAGAUGCGAUUCUGAGGGUUUCCCAGGAGGCCCUCAGAUGGGGUGUACAGAUACAGAGGGUCAGUAAGCAAAUGCUAAACAAGCUGUGUGAUGGUAAGGUGCACCAGGGCUUGUGUCUGCAAGCAAGUUCUCUUGGCUUUAUCAAAGAGGAAACACCUGUAACAUCUCACAAUGUAAAGAAUCACAGGACAUUAUGGCUGGUUUUGGAUGGAGUGCAGGAUCCGAUGAAUUUUGGUGCCAUUUUGCGGUCCGCGUACUUCCUGGGAGUGGAUCGGGUGGCCAGCAGCAUUCAUAACAGCUGUCCUCUGACACCCACAGUGAGCAAAGCCAGUGCAGGUGUGAUGGAGGCCAUGGAGGUGUUUGGCUACAGCAACCUGAAAGAUAUGAUAAAGGUGAAAGCGGAACAAGGCUGGGAAGUAGUCGGCACUGUUGGGUUAGAGGAAGGAAAUCCUGAAGUCCCAGUUGUGCCGUGUUCAGAUUUCAAGAUGUCAAGACCUACACUGCUGUUAAUGGGUGGGGAAGGUAAUGGUCUGUCUCCUGAACUGCGUCAGCUGUGUGAUGUCCUGCUCACCAUCCCUCCACAAAGAGAACUGCUGCCUGGUUUAGAUUCGCUCAAUGUUUCUGUAGCCACAGGCAUCCUGUUGCACUCUCUGCUGUUCUCAUACACAGCCAGCUGAUGAUGAUGAUGAUGGCAGCAUUGACAAGGCUGCCUCAUUAUUUACUCAGGCGUCUCUCAUUAGCACCCUACAGUGAUUAAUGACUGGAUUACUUCAUCAAUUAACUGUGUGAGGGUUUGGAGAGGCCCAUUGAUCAGAUAAAGAGAGCCUAGAGAUGCAUUCUGGCCCAGUGACCGCUCUGUGAACACAAGACCUGCGCUGUACUGGGUCUCUAUCAACUCAGGGAAAGCAUGCUGUUUAAACACUUCUGUUGAGAUUAAUAAACAUGUUAAUUUGA